AUGUCGUGCGGAGUGAAAUGUGAUAAGGAAGUGGGCGAGCACCUCUGUUCGCUCGUCAAAGGCCACAAAGUUGUGGUGUUCACCAAAGAGCAUGAUCCCUUGAGUUUCGAGGUGGUUGAGACGCUCAAGCAGAUCAAUCCAAAAGAUCUCAAAAUCGUCGACCUUGAUAAAUGUGAACGCAAAGAAGAGGCUCUGGACCUCCUCGAGAAGAAAACGGGCGCCCGCCCGGGACCCCGGGUCUUCAUCGACGGCAAAUUUGUUGACGACCUGGAGACGUCCCUGAAAGACACGGAUCUACGAGAGGUUCUCGAGAAGAAAUGCAAGGACGCAGGAGCGCUGUAG